AUGCCUCCGCCAGGCAACGAAUACGCCGCCGAGCAACUCAAAAACUCCGGCAACAAAUGCUUCAAAAAUGGCGACUAUGAAGGGGCAGAGACACUGUACUCUCAGGCAAUCCAGAAAAACUCGGCCAACCCGCUCCUUUUUACCAAUCGCGCAAAUGCGAGGCUAAAGAUGGAAAAAUGGGAGGGUGUUAUUGACGAUUGCAUUCGGAGUAUUGAACUCUUGAAAGACAACAUGAAAGCUUUUUUCUACUUGGCGCAAGCACAACUCGCCAUCAACCACCCGAAUGAGGCGCUAUCAUCUGCCCUUAUGGCAUACGAGUUAUGUACCACAUCGGCGCAACAAACCUCCAAUGCCGCCACCAUAUCUGCCCUAGUCCUGAAGUGUAAAAAGGCCAAAUGGGACAUUCGGGAACGGGAGCGCAUAAGAAGACGGGGUGAUCUUCUCUCAGAUCUUGAGUCUAUGUUAGAGAUACAAUACAAAAAAGAAAUGGACGAGAUAGAUGCUCGCAUGGAGGCUGGGGAAACCAGUCGAACAGACGGGCAAGAAGAGAAGGCAGAGCUGAAACAAGAAUUCGAAAAGAAGCGCGAUGAUCUGCGAACGGCAUUUGCCAUUUCAGAUCCCGCCAACCAACAGAAACGUGAAGUGCCGGACUACCUUGUUGACGGCAUUACGUUUGAAAUUAUGCACGACCCGGUAGUCACAAAGAACGGUCGGUCGUACGAGCGCGCGACCCUGAUUGAGCAUCUGAAGCGCAGCCCUACCGACCCGCUUACCCGAGAGACACUUACAAUCAGCGACCUGAGACCGAACAUUGCACUCAAAGAAGCUUGUGAAGAGUUUAUGAGUGCAAACUCUGGGUGGGUGUAUGAUUGUGAGGAUGGUGAAAUGGAUAGAGAUGCACGUUGGGCGCAUCUUUCAUCAAGCUAA